UGUCCAGAAAGCUUUUAAUGCAUAUUUCACAAUCACUUUUUUCCAAUUAAAUGCUAUUAAAAUUAACUGCCACCCACUAUUUUCCUUCGGCAUAAAGCUAUUAAGAGAUAUUCAUCGAGAUUAGAGCAAUUAAACAAAAUUUAAUAUAAAACGUUUAACAUAUUUGUUAUUUGUACAUUCCCAUGAGUUAAGCUUUAUCAGUGGAUUGGAUGCAUAAUGAAAUGCGUUUUAUGCCUGAGGAUGGAAUUAUGAGUUAAGAUAAAACGGGACUUCCUUCGUACUAGUUGUAUUACGGUUAGGCGCGCGUCCGCGGCGGAGUCGGAGUGUGUCUGGCCUCAGGAGCGCGCCCGGCCUUACAGUUUCCAGUGACACAGAGAGACGGACCGAGCCGGAGAGAGAAAGAGACCAACCAAAAAAAAAAAGAGGACAGAAAAGAGAAGGACGAUGUCGGACCUAGGCGAAGUGCUGAUGUCGGUAUUGUCCACGAUCCGUGUCCCACGGCCCGGGGACAGCGUUCACAAGGAAGAGUGCGCUUUCUCUUUCGCCAGUCCGGACAGCGAGGGGGGCCUGUACGUGUGCAUGAACACCUUCCUGGGCUUCGGUGCUCAGUUUGUGGAGAGACACUAUCGCCGGACUGGCCAGAGAGCCUUCCUCCACAUCAAGAGGACGCGCCGGCCACAGAAGGAAGAGGAGAACGGAUCGGGGGCGGGCGACCCUCCGAAGAAGAAGCCCACCCGACUGGCGAUUGGAAUCGAAGGAGGCUUUGACGUGUCUGAGCAGGAUCAGUAUGACCAGGAAGUGAAAGUUGUUAUCUUUCCUGAGAGACUGGAAGUGACCUCAGAAGACCUGGCCAACAUGCCUGAUGUUGUGCGCGAGAGGGUGUCCCUCUCCAUGGCAGGGGUUCUCUCAGCAGACUCUGCGUCCCACAAUCUCCAGGUUCAGCAGUGGGAUGGGGAGGUCAGGCAGGUCUCCAAACACGCGGCCGACCUCAAGCAGCUGGACAACGGGGUGAAAAUCCCCCCCUGUGGCUGGCGCUGUGAGAACUGUGACUUGCGGGAGAACCUGUGGUUGAACCUGACGGACGGGAAGGUGUUCUGUGGGCGGCGGUACUUCGACGGCUCCGGGGGCAAUAACCACGCCCUGCUGCACUACCAGCAGACUAACUACCCGCUGGCCGUCAAGCUGGGCACCAUCACCCCGGACGGGGCAGAUGUGUAUUCGUAUGAAGAGGAUGAGAUGGUUCUAGACCCCAAGCUUCCCGAACACCUGGCCCACUGGGGGAUAGACAUGAUGACCAUGGAGAAGGUGUGUCCACACUGCCUGUACUCGACAUCAGUCCUGUCCCUGUCCUGUGUCCACUCUGCCUGUACUCGACAUCAGUCCUGUCCCUGUCCUGUGUCCGCACUGCCUGUACUUGCUAAGCUGGGGUAUGGGCUGCUGUCAGGUGAAUAUUCAAAACCUGCCCCUGAUCCAGGAGAGGACCCCAGUGUGACCCCUGAGCCCAAGGGUGACCAGGUGGGGAUUGCUCCACGGAUGUUCAAGGCUCUGAUUGGCCGAGGGCACCCCGAGUUCUCCACCAAUCGGCAACAAGAUGCCCAGGAGUUCCUGCUGCACUUCAUCAACAUGGUGGAGAGAAACUGCCGCUCCAGUGAUAACCCAACAGAGGCAUAUCGUUUCCUGAUGGAGGAGAGGAUCGUGUGUCAGCAGUCCCAGAGAGUCAAAUACACCCAAAGAGUUGACUACAUACUGCAGCUGCCAGUGCCUAUGGAGCACGCCACUAAUACAGAGGAGCUGCAGGAGUACGAGCGAAGGCGCCGGGAGGCCGAGGAGACUCUCUCCCCGCCCCCCCCCGCCGUCCGCGCCGUCGUGCCUUUCUCCGUGUGCCUGGCGGCGUUUUCCGAGCCCGAGACCCUGGAGGAGUUCUGGAGCUCGGCCCUGCAGGCCAAGAGCACCGCCAGCAAGACAACUCGCUUCGCCUCCUUCCCUGACCAUCUGGUCAUUCAGAUCAAGAAGUUCACGUUUGGCCUGGACUGGGUGCCCAAGAAGCUGGACGUCAGUAUUGAUGUUCCGGACUCGCUGGAUCUGAGUGCGCUCCGGGGGGCGGGGCUGCAGCCCGGGGAGGAGGAGCUGCCUGACCUGGCCCCGCCCCCGCUCGUGACCCCUGACGUGGAGGUGAAAGGUAUCCCGGGGGGUUUCCACGGCAACGAGGAGGACGACUCGCUCUGCUCUCCGCUGCUGUCCCCCGUGUUAGACGAGUCGACGGUGGGCCAGCUCAUCGAGAUGGGCUUCCCGAUAGAGGCCUGCAGGAAGGCAGUGUAUUACACCGGCAACACUGGCAUCGACUCGGCCAUGAACUGGGUCAUGACCCACAUGGACGACCCCGAUUUCUCCGCCCCCCUGGUGCUGCCGGGCUCGAGCUCCGCCCCCGGGGGCACGCCCACCUCCCAGACCACGCCCACGGAGUCUGUUUCCGAGGAGCACCUAGCAACCAUCAUCUCCAUGGGCUUCAGCCGCGACCAGGCCUCUCGGGCGCUGAGGGCCACUAGCAACGUGCUCGAGAGGGCGGUGGACUGGAUCUUCUCCCACCUGGACGACCUGGACUCCAUGGACGUGUCGGAGGGCCGGUCGGCGGCAGACUCGGUCAGCGAGAGGGAGCCCCCCCAGGGACCCCGUGUCCGGGACGGACCAGGGAAGUAUGAGCUCUUCGCCUUCAUCAGCCACAUGGGCAGCAGCACGAUGUGUGGACACUACGUCUGUCACAUCAAGAAAAACGACCAGUGGGUGAUCUUUAACGACCAGAAAGUCUGUGCGUCGGAAAAACCGCCCAAAGACCUGGGCUACCUAUAUUUCUACAGGAGAGUGACGGAGUAAAGAGAGACAGGGGGAGGAGAGGAGGCUGGGAAAUACACUGUACAUACACGGCACUCAAGAAAGAGAGGGGGGCGAGAGAGAGGUUCAGGGGUUACUGAGCUCUGAGUGGUAAAACGUCAAAUAUAAACACCGAUCGCUCUGUGUGCACGAGUAUUAACAUCCUGUGCUCUUUGUUUGAUCUGUUGAGCCCCGGAGCUCAGUUUGUAAUAAAUAAAAGAAGUCUUGAGAAAAUCAGAAGCCUGAGGAAAGGAGUAUUCCCUGUAGUUGUGGAAAUGGCGCGAUUGGUGAUAUUUAAUGUUUUCUGAUGUAAAUGCCCAUUAAACAGCAUUAUGAAGAGAGGUGAUAAUACACUGUACAUGUCUAGCACUAGAGAGAUGUAAAGGGAGUGGAGGUGAAAGGGUUAAUAACCUGCACACCCCAUUUAAUAGAGAGGAGUUCACGCACUCCUGGAACUCCUGAAAGCACUGGGGAGAGAUGUUAGUUCACUGUUUACAAAGACGCAUGACUACUGAGAAACAACAGGGAGAGACGUGGGUUAAUGUGGAUCCAAACUCAUUCUGUGAAAAUUGAGGCGGAAUUUCUCUGCAGUUUCCGAACAAACCUUGCUGCGCUGGAAGACACUGGCUCUCUGUCGCUCCCACUCUCUCUCGGUCUCGCCAAUUACCCACAGUCCUCUGGCCUCGCGCCCUCCGACCCCUUCUCACCUUCCUUGCCUCUCCACCUCUGUGACAUCAUCUCCUGCCUCGACCAAUUACGUCCCUCGGCUACCCUGGCUCCCGCCCACUCCAGGUUGUAAGACCACAUGCUUGGCAGCUCAGAAUGUUUAAAGUUAACAACAAAAGAGCAAAUCAACAUCAAUUGAAAUAAAAAAAGACUUAUUAAGUAAUUACAAUAAUAAGUGCAAGUGUUCCUCUGCAUAACGAAGCAGUUCUCUGAGAAAAGGAAAUGUUAACUGAGUUUUUCUUGCAAGACCAUUAAAGAUGAGGAGUGGAUUAAACCUCA